AAAUAUUUUAUCCGUGGAUCGAAAUGAAUCAAUAUCUUUUAACCGAUAAUUUAUUACCAUAUGGGAAUAAGUUUCUUUUUCUAAUCGAGCCACGCGUAAACAAAUACGAUUGUUCUUAUGGUUUAGAAUUUCUAAAUAGUAUACGCAUAAUUGCAGAAAUUAUUAAUAUUUGUUAGCAUAAGAACGAACAAAUAUUGAGAUUAACCGUUAAAUAAAUAUUAUCAAAAAUCAAUAUUUGAAAUAGAAGUAAUGAAUGCUUUCGAAUAUUAUAAAAUGGUCUUAUGUGAAAACAUAUGAAGGUCAAUGUUUUUUGAGCGACUUACUUAUACACAACAACGUCGAAUAUAACCUAAAAGGAUAUAGUAUCGUGAAUUUCAUCGUUUGAACGUAGGUUGCACAACAACCUUAUAACUUUUGUAAAUAAUAAACAAAUACAAGGUUCGCCGAAUUUAAUUCGAUUCUAUCCAUUCUUGCUUUCUUUUAAUUACGUUCCUCUCGUACAGUAAUAUAAAAUAACGGAAUUCAACGGAUGUGUUUGUGUGUACAUUUACUUACUUAAUAUAUCUUUAAUAAAUAGAAGUAAGAAAAAAAAUUGAACAAAGAUGUCAGAUGAUGACGAUGAUUACAUGUCAGAUAAAUUUUUGCAAAAUUCUGAGAAAUCCAGUGCAUCGAGUCUCUUAUAUCGACAUGCGGAUAAGAGAAAAUUUGAUUUGAUAAAAAAAAAGAGUGAAAUUGAAGCAAAGAUAAAAGAAAAAAAUUCUAUAAAAUAUAUGGAAGAAGAAAAGAGAGAAACAGGUUUAUCUUCUGCUAUUGCAAGUACUAACAAAGGGUUUGAGUUGCUCAUGAAAAUGGGAUAUAAGCCAGGACAAGGAAUAGGCAAAACAGAAUCAGGAAUAACUGAGCCCAUUGGUCUUGAAAUAAAAUUAGACAGACACGGUUUAGGAAAAGGUAUUAAGAGGAAACAAACAGAAAGUAAAAGUAAUUUGGAUGACAAUAAACUAAAUAACAAAUGUAUGAAGGACUUCCGUAGCAGAAUUGCUCAGAAGAAAGCAGAACAAUUAUUCAAAGCAGACUUUCGUAAAAGUCAAAAGAUUUGCGAACAGUUAGACAGGCAAUCAAGUAUAGAGAAACCUGUGGAAGCAUGGUAUUGGUUGCCACAAGAGACUGAAAGCAAUACAGAUGAAGAAGAUGACAAAGAAGAUGAAGAAGAAGAAGAACCUUGUGAAAGCAAUGAGAGUUUAGAAAUUCUUACUAAAUACUUAAGGGAAAAGUAUUUUUACUGUAUUUGGUGUGGAGUGGCAUUUAAUAAUGAAAACGACUUGGUAAACAAUUGUCCUGGAAAUACAAGGAACGAUCACUAAAUACAGGUGGUGACAUAUAUAUUUGUGAAAGGAAUAUAAGUAAUAAAACAAUGGACUAAAAUUUUUACUACUAUGUUUUUACUUACAUUAUUUACUGUAAACACCCUGCAAGAAAACAUACAAGGUAUAAAAGGCUAAAGCCCUAAGUAGCAUUAGUCAUAUUUCUUUGAUACGAUCACCCACUGUGCAUUGAAACAUAAAAAACCCAUUAGAGUCAUGAUGCAAAAUACUGAAAAAGUAAUGUCCCCAAGCUGGAAAAAAUCCAAUGCUACAUAGUGUAAAAGCAGGGGAAAGUUAUCCUGAUUCUGCUAUGCUAUUAUAUCUUAGCAGGAGUUCAAGCACCCCCAGUUAUUGUAUGUUGGAGGGAAAGCUACCUAUAAAAGCAUCUGUUUGAUUUUCUGUGCUUUCAUUUGAGUUAAGAUCUCUGACCACACCCGUCCUGCAUUAGAAGGCAGUCAAGUAAAAAGAAUAUCGAUUACA